AUGGAGCUCAUCUCCGCGACGGAACCAUCAUGCUCCUCCGUUGUCUACCUUCCGCAUCACCCGGUAAGGAAGGAGGACGGCCUGACGACUAAGAUCAGGGUCGUAUUUAAUGCUUCAGGCAAUACGUCAAACCAAACGUCGCUGAACGACCACUUGUUCGUUGGACCCAAACUCCAGACCAAUUUACCGACCAUCUUGAUGAGAUGGCGGCAACAUAAAUUUGUCUACAUUUUGGACAUCGCGAAGAUGUUUCGCCAAAUAAUCAUGCACCCCGCGGACAGGGAUUAUCAACGAAUACUCUGGAGAUCUUCUCCGCAAUCUGCAAUUCAGUCGUACCGUUUACGUACGAUUACGUACGGUAUCGCUCCAGCGCCCUAUCUCGCGAUAAGGGUACUUCAUCAACUGGCCAGGGAUGAGGGUGAUCGUUUUCCUCUCGCACGUUCGAUUCUGCUCAACGAGACUUAUGUUGAUGACAUACUCUUUGGCGCGAACGAUAUAGAAACCGCGAAUGCUACGCGAGUUCAAUUGAUCGACUUGCUCGCGGCGGGCGGUUUCCGUCUUCGGAAGUGGGCCGCUAACUACAACGCAAUGCUUGAAGACGUACCACAGAAGGAUCAAGCUAUGGCAAGCGAGUACCCGCUAGAAGAGAAACCCAGCAUCAAGGUUCUCGGCAUUUCGUGGUCCCCGCGGAACGACUCGUUUAAAUUCAAGGUCUCGCUCCCGCCCUCUGCGGCUUCGACUAAACGGUCCGUGCUUUCUACAGUCGCACGAGUCUUCGAUCCUCUAGGGUAG